GCGCCUAAAGCACAUUUGAGAACAGGAGGCUGACGAGAUUUGCCUGCAAGGACCAGAAACAUGCACUGUGCCAUCCAGAAAGCAGAAGUGCUGGAUGGGGCUCAUCUGAUGCAGAUUCUCUGGCAUGAUGGCACAGAGUCCUUUUACCCCGCCGUGUGGCUGAGGGACAACUGCCAGUGCCCCCACUGCUACCUGGAUUCUGCAAAAGCACGGAAAUUUCUCGUGGAAUCUCUUGAUGUGAACAUUGGUAUUAAAGACGUGUCAUUUGACAGAAAAAGGGUUCUUAUCACAUGGCCAAAUGAACAUUACAGUGAAUUUGAAGCUGAUUGGCUGAAGAAAAGAUGCUUUUCACAGCACGCCAGGGAAAAGCUCCAAAGGGAAUUGUUUUUUCCAGAAUGUCAGUAUUGGGGCUCAGAACUCCAGCUACCUACGCUGAGUUUCGAAGAUGUUUUAAGAAGUGAUGAACAUGCAUACAAGUGGCUCUCCAGCCUCAAGAAAGUAGGCAUCGUGCGACUCACAGGGGCAUCCAGCAAACGAGGAGAAAUUUUAAAACUUGGCAAAAGGAUUGGUUUUCUUUAUCUCACAUUUUAUGGACAUACUUGGCAAGUGCAAGAUAAAAUCGAUGCAAACAAUGUGGCUUACACAACUGGGAAGCUAAGCUUUCACACUGAUUAUCCAGCUCUCCACCAUCCACCUGGGGUUCAGCUUCUCCACUGCAUAAAGCAAACAGUUACUGGGGGAGAUUCGGAAAUUGUCGAUGGAUUUAAUGUGUGCCAAAAGCUCAAGGAAAAAAAUUUGCGGGCAUUCCAGAUUUUGUCCUCUACCUUUGUGGACUUCACAGACAUUGGAGUGGAUUACUGCGAUUUCUCUGUACAAUCCAAACACAAAAUUAUAGAAUUAGAUGACAAAGGCCAAGUGGUUCGCAUCAACUUCAACAAUGCAACAAGAGAUACAAUAUUUGACGUACCUGUUGAAAAAGUUCAGCCAUUUUAUACUGCUCUGAAGGAGUUUGUGGACCUCAUGAACUGUAAAGAAUCCAAGUUCACUUUUAAGAUGAAUCCAGGUGAUGUGAUUACUUUUGAUAAUUGGCGCUUGCUUCAUGGUCGAAGUAGCUAUGAAGCAGGAACUGAGAUAUCCCGCCAUCUAGAAGGAGCUUAUGCUGACUGGGAUGUGGUAAUGUCCAGGCUUCGCAUCUUAAGGAAGAGUAUCCAGGACAGAGACUGAAUCUUCUGACUAUAAUUUCAGUAAGAUUCCAAUGAGUGUAUUUGGUAAGAUGAUGUAAGGAUGUCUCCACAGGCCACAAUCCACAGGCCACAGGCCACAAUCAUUUACAUACUAAUUGCUUUAAACUGAUUGUGUCACCUUUCUCACAAGAAUUUUUUCUAUGUAAUCAUCUCUAAUGCCAACUCUUUAGAUAUUUGUAGCAGUGUUCUUUCUCUUCCAAACAAGGCAUGCCUUCUGUUCUAGCACUUGUAUGAUCUAAUUUCUUUUGCCUGUCAAUGGGAGUCUUCAGAAUGCCUAGAAAUAGCUUUGUAUCAAAUAAAACCUUUCUUCAAAUCACACCAUUUUAAAGAAAGCUCAUGUUUCAAAUAAAUCUUGUGUUCCAAAUAAAAUUUAUCUCAUAUAAAA